AGAAAACCAAACCCUAGCCCAAAAAAAGUGGUGGUCUGAUGGCUCUACGGCUUCUUCUCCGCAGAAAUCAGUGGAACACGAAGAAAGCAAGCAUCACGUUCGGUUUAAUCAACCGCCAUCUCUGCCAUUCUCUGCCCUCUCCCGCCACCACCGCUACCACCGGUACAACCUUAGGGCCCAAUGUCCAAUGUCCAUGUCCCGAUAGGGAAACUUGGAUCCAUAGUAAAAUAACUCUGGAGGAACUUGUCAGACUCAACUACGCGAAUCAACAUAUGAGAGAACCCUUGGACGUCCCGGACGCUCACAAAGAUGAUCGUCGGAUUUUUCUCGCCCAACUCGCAGUAUCCAUUAUCAAUGACGCAAGAAGAGACGAUUCAAAAAGGGUUGAGUUUGUGCGGGUAGUAAGCGCCAAGUGGCUAAUGGUUCAUGGCACAAUUGACUUUAUUACUCUAGAGGCAGCAUCAAUUGAUGAUGAUGAUCGAAUCACAAAGUUUUACGAGGCAAAGUUUCUCAAAAGAAGAAAUUGCCUCGGGUUGAUGAGUUGGCGCGAGCUCGAGUCUCCUCCUAUCAUCAUUCAAUCUUCGGGUAACGAACUAAAGUUCCAGCUGCAGUUGGCUAAAAUUGAGCUGGAGUUGGCUAAACAAUACGAAACAGCUACUGCUAUUCUGAAGUUGAAAAAAUAGCAAUAUGGUGUUUUGCUGCUGCUAAGUUUUAACUUUAUUUUAGUGGACUGUCUAUGUAUGUUGUUUUCCGGUGGAUGGCUUAUUGAUUAUCCAGAAAUUACUGUUCCAGUUUAUUGUUCAAAUGAUGUCAAAUGGUAAGCCAAUAAAGGAUUUUUGUAUUCUGCAAUUCUAUUCGAUUAUUGGAAAGUUGAGGUCCUUUGAGUAGGCUACAAA